AUGCUGCUGGGAGAGGGGGAAGAGGAGGUCCAGGGGCUCAUCCAGGGGCUCACCCAGGGGCGACGACGGCGACAGAGACCAAGGACCAGCUACCGACCCAGCCCCUUGUCUCGGAGGGAGCAGCAGGCAGAGCUCCCAGCAUCUCCGGAUGAAGGUGCUGAAACCCCCGAGGAGCUGCUGCUGGGUUUCCCCAGUGAGGUCUCAGUGCUGGAAAGACUGGGCUUGCACAGGAUGGCUUUGACAGAGCAGGAUGUGGAGGCAGCCUUUGCCCACCUCGCCCUGGCUUUUCGCUGCGAUGUGUUCACCCUGCAGCAACGGGUGCAGGUGGAGAAACGGGCGCGGGAUGCAGCAGAGGAAAACAUCCAGGAGGAGCUGGGACAGUGCCGGGCUGCCCUGGAGAGGUUGGGUCCAUCCUGCACGGACGUGGGCUGCAAGGAGACACUGGAGCAGCUGCAGCGUAGCCUGGCUGUGCUGGCGGCCGCUGUCGGGCGGGCAACCAGCGCCGCGGAGAAGCUGGGAGCUGUACAUCAGGAGGCCCGGAUGAGCCGAGCAGCAGAGGUGAUGGUCCAACACGUGGAGAACUUGAAGCGGCACCACAUGCGGGAGCACGCGGAGCUGGAGGAGAUGAAGCGCUUGAUCCAGCAAAACUCCCGCAACCGGCAGCUGGCGGAGACCCAGG